AAUUUGCAAUUCAUUGCAACUCAAAAGCAAAAGUUUCUUUUUAUCCCAGUGAAAUAUUUUAAAAAUAUAAAAAAAUAUUCAAUCAGUUGUUAUUAGAAAACUGUUUGAUAAACAUGAUUUUGGCAGCACGUAAACAUCUCUUUGCUACCAACAUCAUUUUCUUUUUCAUCAUCUAUGUCGUACAGAAGUUUAUACAAGUCUUCUGUAUAAUUGAAGAGAAGGCCUGCAAUAAUGCCAAUUGCUCUGCCAACAAUCGUUGUGACGAUCGCUGUAAACCGAAUACUGUCUCAGCUCCUCUGCCAGCAGCGCCCUCUACCAUUACGCCACCUCAGUCGCCUAAACCCCAAGUGAAAGGUCUUCGUCUGAUACCAUUGGCCAUGCGCAAAACUAUGCGCAAUUUCGGUUACGGUGAGGGUCACUAUCAAAUGUUCGUCGAGGAAAAACAACGCAAACAACACACCUCGAAAGCUCGCUUAAAUGCGGCCGUUGCUGAAGUUAAACUCAAUCCUAAUUAGUUUCAGUGGGGAAAGCCCCGAAAUAAACAAACGUUUGGUCAUUUAAUACAGAACGAAUGUUUGACAAUUUUACUAUGUACCUCUUCAUUUUCAAUAAAGUUCAUAAAUAUUUCUCCCUUCUGUGCAUAGUUAAUACAAAGAAAUGUUUAAUUUAAAUUAAUCGCAUUGCGGAGAAACUCAAUUACAAAA